CUGGGGAAGCCUCCGCUUCGGGGAGAUGUACGGAGUGGAGAACGGAAUGGCUUCAUCUACUCGGUCUGGAGUGUCCAUAACAUCCAGGCGAAGGAGGAGGAUAGCAGCCAAAUUAGCUUUGGUGGGGCCGGUGACUUUUGAAGAUGUGGCAGUGCAUUUCACAGAGGGGCAGGCGGCUUUGCUGGAUCCGGAGCAAAGGGCCUUGUACAGGGAGGUCAUGCUGGAGAAUUACGGGAAUGUGGCCUCACUGCUGGAAGAAUCUCCAGUCCCCAAGCCUGGUUUCAUCUCCUGCCUGGAACGAGGCACAGACCCCUGGGGGCCGGAUUCUCGGGUCCUGGGUGAAACAGAGAUUGCUAACUUCAGCUCAGUGAAUGAUGCUAGGAAAAAGAGCAUCUGCCUAGACUGUGGGAAGCAAUUCGCCCAGAAAUCAAAGCUUAUCAUCCACCAAUGCAUCCAUGCAGGGGAGAGUCACCUUAGGUGGACGACAGAGGAAACCAAGCUGAUGCUCUCGGCAAUCUCUCAUAACCCGGGAGUGAAGGUCUUGAUGGGCAGCACCUCUGCGGCAAACAGGAAGUACUGGAAGGCCGUGCAGGAGCACUUGCGCUCGCACGGGCACAGGCGGUCCAUGGCCCAGAUCAUAGCCAAGUGGAAGCGCCUGAAGGCACAGUUCUUCAGCCAGGGCAUGAGGGCCGCCCUCGGGCAGCUGGCCAUUAAGGAUGCUCCGCAGUAUUAUACGCAGGUGCGAUCCAUCUGGCUCCUGGCAGGCAAGCCCACCUUUGGAGAGCGCAAGUGGCCCGUUGAUAUUCGGAGGAUAAGCACUACAGAAGGGGAGCAAGAGAAGCAGGAGAAGGAGGACAACGUCUGUGAGAGCAAAGAAGGGGCGGUCAAAAUAGAACCCCUGGAAGGAGAAGAGCUGCCGAGCCACGCGGCCGCAUCCCAGCAGGACCCGCCGCCGCCGCAUCCUUAUCCACCCUCGGAGGAAGAGUGGUCCGCCUCCCAGUCGCAGUCGCAGCUUGUCCAGGAGGGAUCUUCCGAAUCGGCUCCCUUCCAUCCAGAAACGGAGGUCCCAACAGAGGUGAAGCAAGUGGCGGUGCUCCAGGAAAUGCACUUCUCAAGUGACGACGACGACAACCACGCCGUUUGCCCGGCCGCCCUGCCGGCCUCCGACAACGGCGCCGUUCUUACUCCAGGAGCUUCCUCUCCUUCUCCACCUCCUCAGAGUUGCCACUCGUGUGAAGGACUGGAACACUUCAGGAAAGAAAUCAUGAAUUACCUAGAUGCAAUCCACAAGAAGCUGGAGCGCAUUGAAGAAACGGUCGAUGCACUUCGGCGCAACGUUGUCCCUGAAAUGCCCCGGAAAUUCCUUGAAGAGAUCGCCGCGAUUGCGCAUGGUUGUUCUGCUGCGCAUACAAACCUGUUGCCCGCCCUGCCUCCUGCCUCCACUCUUCCCGUCAGGAGGGACUGCUGAAAGAAUUUGUGCAGCGUUCCAAUCUCCGAGUCCGCAAAUCUGUAAUGCAUGCGCAUGUGUUGAAAUUAUGGUAUGUAAUGUCAGAAAACGGGAUUCUCCGUGUGGGAAAGGCUGUCUAAAGACACAAUCCAAUGCAAGUUUGGACAAAAAGCGCAACAACUUCCGGCGUGUCCCAACCUGUGUUGUGGGACAUUUUCUGUCUCAACAUGCAUAGGAUUGCACCUUAUGUGUAACUUUUACUUCUUUGGAUCCUUUUUCCCCCACAACAUGCAGAUGGGGGCCGCUACAUACUCCCUUCCCUCAAGAGGACACGCUCUUUUCUCUGUUUUGUCUCUCCUCGAAUAUACGACCACUUCUAGUACUAGUGCUAAUUUAUUUGACAGUGUGUCAUGAAAGCACUCCUCCUGACAUUGUAGAACCAAUAAAACUUGAUUGUUGUGUGUA